CCUAACCUUAAAAUAUAUUAUGGUCAUCGCGAAUAUCGCUAAACAACUGGUGCGAACAAUGUCCACAUUUCGUUUGGCAUUAGUGCAACUUCAGGUUGAUGAAAUUAAAGUUAAGAAUAUAGAUCGAACAGUUUCGUUCAUCUCGGAUGCAAAAAAACAAAACGCAGACAUUGUCGCACUUCCCGAGUGCUUUAAUUCACCCUAUGGAAUACAACACUUUCCAAAUUAUGCUGAAAGCAUUCCUGAUGGCGAAACAAGUGUCGCAUUGUCGAAAGCUGCCAAAGAAAAUAGCAUUUAUAUAAUUGGUGGUACAAUACCAGAAAGAGAUGGGAAUAAACUGUAUAAUACCUGUACUAUAUGGGGACCUAAUGGAACUCUGAUAACGAAGCAUAGAAAAGUGCAUUUAUUUGAUAUUGACAUUCCUAAGAAAAUUACGUUUCGUGAAAGUGAUUCACUCAGUGCUGGUAAUUCGUUAACGAUGUUCGAAGUGAAGGGCUGCAAAAUAGGCAUUGGAAUUUGCUAUGAUAUUAGAUUCGAGGAAAUGGCACGCAUUUAUCGAAAUAAAGGUUGCCAGAUGCUAAUAUAUCCAGCGGCAUUCAAUAUGACCACUGGACCAAUGCAUUGGUCGUUGCUUCAGCGUUCCAGAUCAAAUGACAAUCAAUUAUACGUCGCUUGUAUAUCACCGGCUCGUGUACCUUCAACUGGUUACGUCGCAUAUGGCCAUACGCAAUUAACCAACCCUUGGGGGGAGGUUCUUCACGAUCUGGAAACUCAAGAGAGCAUGGUAGUCGCCGAUAUAGAUUUGAAAGUCGUGGACGAAGUCAGAGCGCAGAUUCCUACGUUCUUUCAACGACGCACAGAUUUAUACGAUACUAUCUGGAAAAAAGAUUGAUGCAAUUGAAAAUUUACAUCGCGCGCGCUUUGAAAAGCAUCACUAAUGCCAUAUAGCGGUGGGCGUCGAAACUAUCGAAACAGAAAAUUGUUUUUUUUCUAUAAUAUUCUGCAAUCCCAACUUGACCCAAAUAAUAAUAAUAAUACUACAACUUAUUUAGUUCAUAAAGAGAAGUAGGAUAAUAAAUAAAUAGUUAGGAAGCGUGGGUCUUGGCCCAUAAAGAAAAACUGGAAAAAGUGAAAUAAAAGGGGUCCUCGGCCGUGGCCCAGAAGGGGGAUACAAUCAUAAAUGUUAUUCCCCUUCGAUGAGCUUAUUUAAUAAGCAAAGAAAAUAAAUAAAGUAAAUUAAAUAAAUUCCAGAAAGAAAUUAGAGGACGAGUAUCAUACUGGUUGUAUGUACAUACAUCAUCUCUUGGGUGCUCGUUUUAUUCUAUCCGACCUAAAGAAUAUUAGUCUGGUACCUAUUUGGACAUACGAUUCACAGAAAUGUUUAUAUUACGAAUAAAUCAAUGCAGGUGAGUCCGAUCCGCCAUUUUCUUGACCGUUGACAGACAGUAAUUUCAAUAUUUUAUAAGUUUUUGACGAUUUGGAUAAUAUAAGGACCAGACUAAUAUUCUUUAGAGCCUCCUGAACACGUCUCUCAAAUUUUUUUGCAUUCUGUUUAGAAGUGACGACAUAAUUUGAGAACUCGUGUCUAGGGAUUUUUCUAUUUUUCGCAAUAUAUGACGUGUAAUCCAUAUAAUAUAAUUACUAGAAAUGCAUCCACGUGCCUAUAAUAUUACUUGGGAACAAUGUCUUCAUUAUGUAUAGACUGUAAUGAUAAAACAGAAGAAAAAUAUUGAUUU